UCCCUGCGCGGGAGCCACCAUGACCAGCAACGGAGCAGGCAAUGAGGGCGCCCCUCCGGCCCGCAACGGAACCCCCGGCGCGCUUACGCCGGUGGUGAAGCCUUUGUCGCUCGCCAAGAGUUACGACGUCUCCGGCAAGGUGAUGCUGCUUGGAGAUUCAGGUGUGGGGAAGACCUGCUUCCUCGUCCAGUUCAAAGAUGGAGCCUUCCUCUCUGGGACCUUCAUAGCUACUGUCGGGAUAGACUUCCGGAAUAAAGUGGUAACAGUGGAUGAUGUAAAAGUGAAACUGCAGAUUUGGGACACAGCUGGUCAGGAAAGGUUCCGGAGUGUAACACACGCAUACUACCGUGAUGCACAAGCUCUCCUCCUCCUUUAUGAUAUCACCAGCAAAGUCUCCUUUGACAGUAUUCGGGCUUGGCUCACAGAAAUCCAUGACUAUGCCCAAAAGGAUGUGGUUAUCAUGCUUCUGGGAAAUAAGGCUGACAUGAGCAGUGAGCGAGUUAUCAGAACAGAAGAUGGGGAGUCCUUAGCCAGGGAAUACGGAGUACCUUUCAUGGAGACCAGUGCCAAGACUGGUAUGAAUGUGGAACUGGCAUUUCUGGCUAUUGCAAAGGAGCUCAAGCAGCGAGCGGUGAAUCAGCUGGAUGAGCCCAGGUUCCAAAUCCACGACUACAUUGAGUCGGAGAAGAGGCGGUCCAACUGCUGUACUUUUCUCUGAAGGAAGAAGGUGCUAAGACAGUCUGAAUGAGCUACCGCUAAAGAGACCAAGGAGUAGGAGUGCCACUCAGGAGAUGCCAGGGAAGGAAGGAAAGAAAUUGGGAAGGGAGAGGGGGCUACUUCAAAGACAUUACUUUUUAGAGAAUCCUUUUAGAGACUGUACAUAAAAGAAGUAUAUGUCUGUUGUUGGUUGCCACGUGUGGAUGUGAAGGGAGAGAGUUAAGAAUGCAUGUGUGAAAGUAUGCAAAGGCAAUCGGGUUUUAUAGUAUUACUCAGGCCUAUCAUUCACUGGUAAGAGGAAAGGUAUGGCCCACACCAAAGCAACUCUCUUAACUCUCACAGCCCUGCUCUUUGCAUUGAAAAAAGAGGGGGGAGGUUGACCGGGAUCUACACAGAAGGUCUCUCUCUCUUUCAAAGGCCAUGGGAGACCUUUGGAUAAAAUAAAAUACAAAAGGUUAAUUAAAAGUAUUGUCCUAAAAAGCCAUGGUUUGUAUGAAUACUGAAACCAGCAGAAAUAUUCAGUAAAGUAAAAGUAGACAGAUUUCCUUUGACCUCUGGCCUUUCCUGCUUCCCACACCCAAAGAUCCUGCCAAGCUUCUCCUCCCUUCCUCCCUCCCUUAGCCCCAAGAAGGAGCUACAGGAUCUAAGUGUGUCUUUUUUUGUCCUGGUUGGAACAUCAAGAAAAUGCUGCUGACGGGGGUUAGGUGGGAGAGGGAGAGAGAGAGAGAGAGACCACUCUAUUUUUAUGAUCAUAAACAAAAGAAAGUGUUAGAAAGUUGACUGUUCGUUUUGAUGGGGCAAUGAAAAAACCAUUUGGGAAAAAAGAAAAGUCAGCAUGCUGGGUGUAACAGGACAGAAAGCCUUAGCAUCUGCUCCUCAGAUGAACAAGGCUGCCUCUGAGUUCCUUUCCCCGAAAACAACUGGGGAUAAAUGCAUGCCAUGAGUUUUUGGUCCCUUCUUACAAGCACAUCUUGGGAUUCUUCAGAAGAAGUGAAUCUUUUUAUAAUUACCAAGCUCUCCAUCCCAAACAUUCUGGAAGGGGGGAAAUUGUUUGAACUAAGCUUAUUUCUGUCACAUAACCAUGUUUUAUAAGCACAUGUCAUUUGGAAUGGGCUGGGUGUUUCGCCAUCAUUCCAGUACACCCAACCACGUACAUUCAAACAAACAGAUGCAAUCCAGGGGAAACUGCAUGCAUUGGCAGCCUAUACAUAUACAUAUAUAUGAAGCAUGUUGCUCCCAGAUGAGAAGAUUGUAACAUUGGGUUGCAGUAGGAUUUCUCUAUAGUGAGUUGGUUCUGGAUGGCAUUCAGUGAUCCUUCUGUCCUCUAUUUUCUUUCCAUUGGGUUGGUAGCUUAUUGCCAGCUGUUCCCAACAGCUGUUCAACCAGGACAAUCUCAACCAGAUUGGUUUGCAGAUUUCUUUCCAGGAGGGAGGAAGAUGCGGAGCCCUUCUUCCAGCCAGUGAGGCACAGACAGGUCACAUAUAAACUGGUGAAUGGCAUUUGGAUGCAAGGGAGACAAUGGGGGGUGGGGAUGAUUGAUUGGGUGAGGCUAGGGCCCAGAAGCAGUCUGUCUCUGAGCAAUGCUUUGGUGUUAGGCUGAGACAACACAGAGAAAUAUCCAAGACCAAGUGCCAGGUUUUGUCUAACUGUGUUCAGAUACACCACACUGUGUAAUGCAUUUUUGACUUGAAUUUUCCUUACAAAUUUAACUUGUCACCUAUCUCACAACUGUCUUUCUUCUCCACUGCUUCUGGAAGUAAGCAACUAGUGGGUUGUGUCUGUCUAGAUCAGAGUUCCCCAACCUUUUUGACUUUUCAGACCAGUGUGUGUGUGUGUAGGGAGAGGGGAGAGUUCCAUACAAGUGGUAGGCAAGUGUGCAUGUGCACAGCUCCAUUUGCACAGGCGGUGGGCAUGCACGCCCACCGCUCAUGCAAAUAGCAGUAGCACUUAAAUUUGUAUACCGCUUUGCACACGUGCUCGCCCACUGUUCACACAAGGGGGGAUGCAUUUGCACACAGGUGUGCUCACCUGCAACUUCUGUGACCUGAUUCCAAAUGGCUCAAGGCCCGGAGGUGUUGAGCGUUGCUGAUCUAGCACAGCACGGUGGGCUUUGGUUUCUUUUUAAACCUUUCUAAAGUUUUUUUUUCCCUUUUCCUUUCUAAAGUUCCAAAAUGUGACGUUAUUUUUACUGAUUGUCCCCAACACAAUGUAUCCCUCCCCCCUCACAUUUCCUGGUUUUUUAAAUCCGCGUGGGUUAGGCAGGAGCAAUCCGUAGCCAGCCAUGCUCCUUAUAUGUUAUGCAAGGCAAGUGCAGCCAGCACUGUGGCAAGAAAUGGAAGCCUUAUCUGUGAAAGAGAGCUCUUCCUGGCAAAGCCCACAUAUUUGUUGCCCUGGCAGCAUUCACAGCUUCCCAGAAGAACAACAGCCAGAGUGCCAAGAUUUAAGAGAGGGGGGGGGGGGGGAUUCUAGCAAAACGGAGCAUAGUUUCAUAUUGCCUGCACCUUUCCUGGGUGUCUAAUGCUGGACUCUGGCAAAUGCAUGAUCUUUGCAGGUCUUCGUACAAGCUUAAGUACCUCGAGAUCAAGAAAAGGAGUAAUGUUACGGGGAAAAGAAUACCAUCAUCAUCAUUGUCCUUUCCAAGAUCUGCUCCUUUUUUUCCUCUCAUCAGAAAUUCAGCUCUCCUUUUUUUAGUGCCUGUGGGAAGGCACAAGUUCUGUUUCAGCUGUUUCCACGUUAAAAUCAUUAAUUUUAACGUGCAAUUGUGACCCAAUACAUCUAGGCUGUAUAGCAGAAGUAGCCAAUCCUUUGGGUCCACCGCACAUUUGGAAUUUGGGAUUCUUUAGGAAUGGGCUGCCCUGCGCAGAUCUCCUGUUCACAAAAUCACUUGAGCUGGUCUACGCCUUUGAAGGCUUGAAGGUAUUGCAGCAAAUAAAUGCUGUGUUUUAAGCUGGCACCGUUGCUUUGCAACCUGUCGAUUUUAUUUCUUCUUUUUAAGAAAAGCAUCUACCAAAUGUACUCCAACUCGGUCUACUCCUUGCUUCAAUUCAAAGAAUCUCAGGUAACAUUGUUGGGUUGAGGCUGCUGCCUAAAACCUUGGAGAAACUCUUACAGAAUAGUAAGGGAUGGUAUAGACUGGCACUUUCAUUUCUGCACUAUAUGUUUUCUGAAAAUUGGAUCAUAUAUUUUGAAAUGAGCCUUAUCCACUGCUUUGGCCUUAAUUUGAGAAUAAUAAAAAAGGAAUACUAGAAAGAAAUAGGAUUACAUGGUUAAGAACUACCUACAACUACCUUGUAACUAGCUGUAAUGUUAAUCAUUAUCUGAGUGGGUGAUAAAUGGGUGCCGUUUGGGUGACAAAUAAGAUUGUGUGGCCAUACAUUGGAACAGGAGAGACAAUGUGAGCUCCCUCCUUUGCUUUUGUUGUUAAGUUUCUUUUCUGCAUUUUUUGUAUAACAAAUCUUUCUGCCUGAUUCACCAGGCAUUAGAGGGAUCAAUUUUCCAAAGAAUUAAAAGGGGACAUGAGGUAUGUGGACUAGAGUAUUUGAUUGUACAACAGAUUGUUGUUAAAAAAAAAAGGUUGAUCUGCAUUUUGAUUUAUUUUAUUGUGAACUACUCUGGGGAAGCCUGUUUUUGAAGGGCAGCGUGCAAAUAAAUUACAGAUGAUUGUAUAUAGCUUUAUACUAAUAUCCCCUAUAAAAUAAAGAAAAUUGCUUCUUACUUUAA